UCUUUGCCUCUGCAGCUUCCGCAGCUCUGAGCACAUGAACUGCACCGACACACUGACACAAACGAGGACCUGAUGAAGACCUGGAGAGCCGGUCAGUCCUCAGGGAUCCAACACGUGGUCUGAGGACCUACGAGAUAAGUCUCCAGAGAGGAGGCCUUUGCUCUUCCUGUUUCUUGUAAGCUUCGGGGUGCACACUACACGCCCAAACCACAAUCAGAGCAGCUGCCGAAGACGCAGACUUCCUCAGACACCUUCCACAGUGAGCACCGGCGGUCCUCGUGAUGCCUCUGUCCUCCAACGUCAGCGCUGGAGGGGCCGUGCAGGGGGAGAAGUGCAUUGUUAACGACCAGAUGGGACCCUUCACUGUCCUCUACAUCCUCAUCUUCAUCAUCAGUCUGCCUGGGAGCCUGCUGUCUGUGUGGGCCUUCAUCCGCAGCCCCAGAUCAAAGCAGCAGCAGAGCACCAGCGUCUACCUGGUCAACCUGCUGGUGGCCGACCUGCUCCUGCUGCUCGCUCUGCCCUUUAAGAUCAUGAAGGACCUCGGGGCGGCGCCGUGGAGCCUCAUGGUGUUUCACUGCCAGGCCAGCGCCGUCACCAUCUACAUCAGCCUCUACGCAUCCAUUGCCUUCCUCGCCCUCAUCAUUACUGACCGCUACCUGCAGGACUGCAACACCCUGCGCUCCCUGCGGCUGCAGGAGGUUGGCUUCGCUCAGCUGCUGUCCCUGGUCAUCUGGCUGCUGCUGCUGCUCAUCAUGGUGCCCAACAUGGCUCUGCCCAUUAAACAAGUCCAGGAGCAGCAGUACCUCAGCUGCUCUUCGCUGAAGGAGGACAUCAGCCUCCACUGGCACGCCCUGACCGUCUUCCUCUGCACGGCUUUGUUCCUCAACGCCUCCGCUGCCGUGCUCGUCUCCAGUGGACUGGCUCUUAAGAGACUCCUGGGCAGUCGCAGCGACCCCAAACACUGGGUCGACGCAAGGCGGGUAGCGGGGAGUGUAGCGGCUGUGGCGUUGGCCUACAUACUCUGCUUCGUUCCGUACCAUGUUGUCCGGACGCCGUACACCUUGGCCCAGACCAAAGUCAUAACAGACUGCCAGACCAAGCGGCAGCUGUUCCUGGGGAAGGAGUCGACGUUGCUGCUGAGCGCGCUGCACCUCUGCUUUGACCCCCUGCUCUUCUUCUACCUCUACACACCUUUCAGACAGACGGUCAGAAACAUGUUUCCCUGCAGCAGAAACCAGACAGUUAGUGACACAGAGGAACAGGCUGGAGAGGAAAUGCAACAAGCAACUUUUCUACAGUAAGAGAAAGUGGUUUAUUCACAGAAACCAAAAACUACUUUAAAGAAAUAAACUGAGUUAAAGCAACAGCCCUGAGACGGGCCCAGGACAUAUUUAGUCUAGCCUAGCACAAGGACUGGAAGGAUGUGGAAACUGGUGGCCUGAAACACACCUUCCAACCCUCCACCCGACGCCCUAACUCCACGUUUGAAGGUGGCUGAACUGAGAAAAAUGCACCAAAUCAAUGCCAUGACUGCAGGACGCAGUGACUGAGAAACCUGGGAUGAUCAGUAUUUAAAUCAAUAUGAUGCUUACUGUGAAUCUGUUUAUUCACUGUGUAAUUCUAAGUUUGAUCCUUGUUGUAAAUGUGAUGGUUUGAUGUUAGUUUCUGAGAAUCUUAUUAUGUUUAAUGUUUCAUUUACAUCGAUCGACAAAGUGUGUAAACAUGAACCUUCUAACACUGUUAAAUGUCUUCACAUCAGUAGUGUGACUAAGAGAUCUUCUCUAUAUGUUGAUGUGAAUAAACCUUCAAGGUUUAGGCUCUAAACAAAGACAAACAGAAGAGCAGAUUGGUCCUUUCAGCUUGUCCUUCUGUGGUUGAACCAGCAGAGUGCAGCAGGGACCAGUGUUAAUCAGUGUGUUCUCCAUCAUGUGUCUCCAUUCUGUUUACACAGCUUUAGGUUUGUUGGAAGGUUUGUACAGAAUGUGUGGGCUCUUAUAAACUGGCGGUGUUUUCUAAAAUAAAGCAUCGUUUUUAUUUUUCAGUAAACUUCAUCAAAGUUUAGAAUAAAAAAAAAGAUCAGAUUAUGAUUUGACACAGUUGUUCAGGUACUUGACAGGUUGGUUGUUCCAGCAUCUUAGAGAAGUCUCCUCAGUUCUUCAGUGAAGGCAGUCUGUCUCAGUGUCUCUGUCUCCUCAUGUGAUCUCAGACUGCUGCACACAGUGAGACACAGUGUUCAUAAGUUACCGAAUCAGAUAAUCAUGUUGUGUUAUUUAAAACAGUGGAUUACACAGUGAAACUCACAAACCGCAGAAAGUACACGCAGCAUGUGUAAAACGUGAGGACGUUAAAGGGACAAAGAUAAACCGAUGAGGUACUGUCAGGACAUAAUGUAGUACCAGUCGUGUCCAAGCUGUGAUGACCACACGGAGUCACACAAUGUCAGGAAAUGAGAACAGGAUCUAAAAUACAAGUUUUGGAUCAUGUAUCUAAAUAAACAAUUUCAACUUCAAAGUGUUUUGAGGGCAGGAAACCCAAAUAAAGGAUCUCCGAG